AUGCGGCAAACCCUUCUCUCAGUCGCCGCGCUCUCUCUGACUGUCGCUUCGGCGAGCGCCGCUUCGGUCGUCUAUGUGACUGACCUCACCAUCUACAGCGCUCUUUCCGCUAUCUCGUACAAUGUUCAGGCUCAGACAGGGGACAAAUGUCCCGAGGCCGUCACUGAACUGCAGUCCUGUAUCUGCACGAAAAACAACAACUUCGCGUCGAUAUCGUCCGUGCUGUCCUACUCAGUCAGCUACUCGUGCGGAUCAACCGCGAGCGAAGAUCAAACAUCGGCAGCAUAUGUCUUGAGCGCAUACUGUAAUCAGGAAUCGCCCGCCUCCUUCCCAACCCCAACCGCCGUGAGUGCCUACAUCACAGAUAUCCCAGAUGUCGGUUAUCUGGCGCCAUGUGCCCAAAGCGGCCUUUCCUACGCGAUACAGACUUUGACGUACGCUCGCUGUCCUCCUGAGGCCCCUGCGCUGGCCAGCUGCGCCUGCUCCAAGAAUCAGAACUCGCUGCUUGUCAGCCAACUUAUCAACAGUUCGGUCAAAUACUCGUGCUCCUCAAUAGCCGCAGAUGUGUCGUCUGCGCAUGCUAUGUUCGCCGCUUACUGUGCCAUGAACAAUGGCACGACAAGCUUUCCCAAACCGUCAAAUCCGCCUGGAGACAUGACGUACUACAUCACCGACUUGCCGCAGUUUGGCAGUCUUGCCCCCUGUGCUGCUAAUGCCUUGUCGUAUGUUGUGCAAUCGCAAACAAGAGAUUUAUGUCCCGAAGGCCCGCAGGCCCUUGCCUCGUGUGUGUGCAUCAAGGAGGGGAUGACGGCUGAGCUCCUCAAGGUCCUCACUUCGUCCGUCAAGUACAGCUGUGACUCAACUGCCACCGAAGACGUUUCUUCCGCAGUCUCGGUUUACAACUACUAUUGCAGUGCUGCCCAGGCGCAGGUAACUGCUGCCGGCAUUACCGUGUCUGUCGAGCAGACGUACCCCGCGGGAAUCACUCCUGGCACGGCAUCUCCGCGACAGACCGGGGGCUCAACAAGCGGAAGCGGCAAUGGAAAUGGAAGUGGGAGUGGAAACUCGGGCGGUCAAGGAGCCGCCAAUCAAGGCGACGACUCUUCAGGCUCCAGCGGCCCCAAUGUUCCCGUUAUCGUCGGAGUGGCAGUUGGUGUUGUUGCAGGUCUGGGUCUACUCGCAGGCCUCAUCUUCUUCCUCGUCAAAUCAGCAAAGAAACGUCGAGCCAUGGAACAGUUACCUAUUCCGGACAGUGCUGGCGGCGACCAUGGACCCCAGGGACCCUUCCCCUUGGGACCUUAUGGAGGAAAAGCGGAGUUGGCCAGCGAUGCGAUCGCCGCACCGCCCCCGCCGGCGAGCCCCUCCCCAAGUACGCUUAGGGUCAACGCCCCGGUGCGCGCCGAUACUGUGUCGCCGGUCUCAGCGCUUACCGGUGUUUAUGCACCGCCGCCGAACAAACCAGAACUGCAAGGCCAGCCCGCAGCAUUGUACCCCCCCAUGCCUAACACCGCGGAGCUGCAAGGCCAAGGAGGAGCAACUUACCCUCCGCCGGCGCCGGGGCCCCCUCCGCCCAAUGCGCCCGAGCUGUACGGGCAAGGCUUCCCUCAGCCAAACAGACCCGAGCUGCAAGGGCAUGUCGCCCCAUACCCGAUGCCGUCGCCAUCGCCAAACCGGUCAGAAUUGCAAGGCCAGGGGUCACCGUUCCAUAGCCCCAACCCGAAUCGGCCGGAGCUCGCUGGUCAGUACGGCUACGCUCAGUCGCCGCAGCAGCCGCACCACCAACAACAACAACCGCAAAGUCCGCAACCGUACCCCUCUCCCCAGCAGCAGCAGGCGCAGGGGUACUAUCACUAUCAGUCAGGCUCCCCGCCGCCCGUGUACGGCCAGCAGCAGCCUCACCCGCCAUGGCAGUCUGGGCCCGUGCCGGGCUUCCAUGAGAUGGAUGGUGGUGGGUAUCCGGAGGCUAGGUGA